AGCGAAAAAUCACUAAAGACUAGAAUUUUUUUCACGGUCUCUAAUUUUCCUUUCAGAGACAGUACAGACAAAAAAAAUACAUGGCGGCGGCCACGGCGGUGCUGUGGCGGAUCCGGCUGGGCUCGGCGGUGCGAGCGGCUGUGGCAUGCAGCAUAGUGGGCGGCGUGACGCUUUUCGGGCCAGCGCCGGUGAGGCAAAUGCUGACGUUCUCGGCUUUCUCUUACGUCACCGCCAUUUCGACAGUGUUAUCCGACGCCGUUACGUUCGGCCACGCCGUCAGAGCUGGGUUCCACGUGGCAUGCGCUGUGGCCCUCGUUUUAGUGUCGUCCGUGCCGUGCCUGUGGCUGAUCGGACCGGCGCGGUUCGACCGUUGGGCGGCGUCGUUGGCGGUGGCGGUGAGUGGGUUCGUGGUGGCGCUGCUGGAGCGGGCCCACUUGCUCACGAAGCGAAUCGCGUUUGGACAGCUGGUGAUUGUGUACGUGGGGACGGUGAUUAACGGCGGUGAGACGAGUUUUUUUAUGCACCCACUUCGGGUUGCGUCGAGUACGGCGGCCGGAGCUAUCGCCGCCGCCGUCGCCAUGAUCAUUCCGUACCCUCGGCUCUCCUCCUGUCAGAUGAAGACAUUGGGUAAAGUUUAUAGGGAAAAUGUGUGCGAGAGAGUUGGGAUUCUGGUACAAGUAUUUGGUGCGAAGAGCAAAGCAGAAGCAGCUACGUCAAUCGCUGAAGUCAAGUCUCUAUCCACCAUGGGAACAAAGCUUCUCCACAUGAUCAAAACAAAUAUGCGGGGAAUGGAUUGGGAAAGACCACGGAUCGGCCAUGGAAGGCUCAAUCGCGUGGCCGUUGCGGAGAAGUUGGAAGAAUUUGAAGUAGCAGUGAGAGGGAUGGAAUUCGCCUUAACUUCCCCUUCCUUUGCCUUUGAAACAAUGGACGAAGAGCUCUGCAAUUUGCCCAAAAAUCUCAAACCCAGACUGAUCUUAAAGCUACAGCAGCUCAAGUGCUCUGUGCCGGCUAGUGCCACAACCGCGCCGGAGACGAAGGGUUUGUUUCCAGACACUUGGCCGCUUGGUAGUUCUCCCAUUAUCCCUCAGAAUAUGCCCCCUUCUUUCUUCUUGCGUUGCGUCAAAAUCCUUCUGUACGACUCAACAGCCGCCGCCCGGACUCUCGUCUACCGGGUGGAAAACGGUCGGAGAGCCAAUGGGGAGGAAGCAAUCGAUUUGGGAGAGCAUGGUACCAAAAAUACUCGUCGGGCCAUUUUGUCGAACAUGUUGCCGACGAAUCAGAGUUUGCGUUUUGCGCUGAAAUGCUCGAUUACUUUGGGUCUGGCUGUGUUUCUGGGUCUGGUUUACACAAAGCCGAAUGGGUAUUGGUCAGGAUUGACGGUUGCCAUCAGCUUUGCAACUGAGAGACAAGCAACAUUCACUGUUGCUAACGCUCGAGCGCAGGGGACGGCAAUCGGGUCAAUCUAUGGUGUCAUAUGCUGUUUUAUUUUGCAAAAAUAUGAGUAUUUAUGGAUCUUACCUCUUAUCCCUUGGGUUGCUUUUACCAGUUUUCUAGUCCACAGUAGAAUGUAUGGUCAAGGUGGUGGAAUAUCAUCAGCAUUAGGUGCAUUGUUGGUUCUUGGGAGGAAGAAUUAUGGGAUUCCGUCUGAAUUUGCUAAUGCUAGAAUCACUGAAGCUUGCAUUGGAUUGCUUUGUUUUGUGACAGUGGAGGUUGUCUUCAACCCAACGAGAUCAGCAACUCUGGCCAAAGCUGAGUUCUCAAAAAGUUUGCGCGCCCUUCAAGAUUGCAUCAGAAGGGUAAUCCUUAUCCCCCAAAAGAACUUGAAUAAUGAAUCUUCCAUUUUACUUGAGCUGAUAGAGCAGCACAAAUUUCUGAAAUCUCAUGUUGCCCAAUUGGAGAAGUUCAUUGUAGAAGCUGGGUAUGAACCUAACUUCUGGUUCACCCCUUUCCAAGGUAGCUGCUAUGAUAAGCUUCUGAAAUCUCUUCAGAAAACAGUGGAUAUCUUACAGUUUCUGGUUCAUGAAAUGAGGCUUCUGUCUCUAGAACUCAAUAGAUAUGGGCAUGUUGUGAAGGAGCUCCAUGAUAGUUUAAGUGAGGAUAUGGAGCUUUUCAGCAUAAAAGUUCAACGUUCUCUGAAAUUCAUGGAGAAGGCGAGUCUAGUAAAGUCCCUAAAGCAAUUGCAGAACAAAAACCAGAACCAGAGCGAUGAAAUGGAGAUGGGGAAGUCUCAAAAUGAUGGAUGCAGAGCUCUUGGUCUCAGUGAAGAAGAAGUUGAGAAAAUUGUGGGUUCCUUCCGUCAAAAUGCAAAUGAAAUAUUGAGCAAAGUUUACACAAAUGAUGAAGGCGAGGCAAAUCUGAAAGGCCAAAUGACACUGUGUUUGAGUUCAGUUGGGUUCUGUAUGGAGUGUCUGAUGAGAGAAACAAUGGUGAUGGAGAAAGAAGUGCUUCAACUGCUGAAACUGGAGAAUCCAUCCAUUCAUAUGAAUCUGCAAGAACUCUCAACACAAAUAAAUGCUCACCAGACACAAUAAAUUGACCACAGAAAUCAAACACUUAGUGAUAUAUAUACAGAAAGUAUAUGGUCUAAGCAGUGCAAAAUCAUGCGAUACACUUAUUAUACACCUAAUAUAUCUUGAUUUGUGCAAGUUUACUUUAUUGCAAUAAUUGUAUUUUAUUUUCAAGUCUCUUCUCCUGAUCACUAUUAACCUUUUUCUUUAUUUGGUGCAACUUGUUUCACAACAAGUAGUAAUGUUAGCAUGUGCAAAAGCCAUUUACACUUUUGAUUUGCAAAA